GGGGAAUCGUGGGGGGGGGCGGGCGCUGGGAGCGGGAGCUCGCGGGCUGCGGCAGUGAAACAUGGCAGGAGAACCAAAACCCACAAGUAAUCCUUUGGAACAGUUUAUUUUGUUAUCCAAAGCUGCCAAAGGGCCAGCACUAACUGCUCUCAUUAUCCAAGUAUUAGAAGCCCCAGGAGUUUAUGUUUUUGGGGAACUUCUAGAAACGCCUAAUGUGCAAGAGCUGGCUAACGGAUCCUAUGCUGCUUAUUUUCAAUUGUUGAACCUGUUUGCAUAUGGAACGUAUCCCGACUAUUUAGCUAAUAAGGGAAGUCUGCCUGAAUUAACAUUAGCUCAGAGGAACAAGCUGAAACAUCUGACCAUAGUAAGCUUGGCUGCAAGAAUGAAGUGUAUUCCAUAUUCCAUUCUUCUAAAAGACCUUGAUAUGAAAAACCUCAGAGAACUGGAAGAUUUAAUUAUUGAAGCGAUUUAUACAGAUAUAAUUCAAGGUAAACUUGACCAACGGAAUCAACUUCUUGAGGUGGACUUUUGCAUUGGGAGAGAUCUGCAAAAGCAAGACAUCAAUGACAUUGUCAAAACACUCCAGGAAUGGUGUGAUUGUUGCCAAGUGGUUCUGUUAGGGAUUGAACAACAAGUUCUUCGAGUGAAUCAGUACAAGGAGAGCAACAUAAAAACUCAACAACAGAUGGAAACUGAGGUGGCAAAUAUAAAGAAGACAUUGAAAGCGACAGCUUCCUCCUCGUCCCAAGACGCUGAUCAGCAUCCCAUGGACCGUGACACGCCACAGCUUGGCGAACAGAGACCUCCCACCAAAAAACUGUCAAAAGUGAAGGGUUUAGCCUCCAGCCGUCAUUAGAGCUAGAGGGGGAAGCGAAUAUUGAACCUGUUUGUUCACAGGUAGGUCGAGAGGAGUGAAAAAGAAAAAGGACUUUGUCGCUUGCAGUUUUUUGUACAUGUGAUAUGCCUCAAAACAUUUUUUGUGUGUUUAAAGUGACCUUCUGAAGUCAGGUUUGUGCUGAAAGGCUUCAUGUUAACAUUUGUUCCUGCAAAGCCUGAAAUGACAAAAUAAUAGCUCUGAAGAGACACACUAAAGCUAGUCUACAAUGAAGUUCGUGCUUUUAAAGCACUGACCCACUUAGCGACUACACCUACAAUGAUCCAAAGAAAUUUCAUGGAAACUUUUGUGACUUGUAUUUUUAGUGAAGAAUUUAAGGGCAUAAUAAUCAAUUGAAGUGGUCUAUUUUCUAAUUGUUAUGUACAAGAACAACAUUGACACAUUUGCAAAGUACUGCUUCAAUAACAUGAAGAUCUAUGGUUUUUAAGGAAGCUGCUGAAAAGUGAAUGGGAUGUCCUUGUUACAGUGAACGAGGUCUUCAGUUUUGCAGAAAGUUUUAGCUGGAGAAUACUAAACUUGAGAUUUUCUAAUCAGUAACGUCUAUACCAUAAGAAAAAUGUUUACUGAUCAAUAACUUAGAAAAGAAUAUUUAUAUGACUAUGGAGCAGAACGACAUGGCAAUCUUCUCGCUUAUUGUUUUUCUAAACAUUGUAACGUACUCUGACUGACUUCUCACUUCAAAUUCUUGUAUCUAGACUAACCACAGAAUGGUAUAAUUUACUCCCGUGCCAUUAUCAGUUCAAAGGUAACACCAUUUUACAGUUGUUUAUGGAGUACGAUCCGGACCACAUACAGAUCAACUAUUAACGGUCUGUUAACAGUGCGCCAAUGUAUUUUUGUCAAACCAAAUGGUGCAGUGUUAAUUUGAUGGUCUAUCUUCCGUUUAUUCUUUCUGUUUCGAGAAGGAAUGCUGGACAUUUUACUUUCUAAAAGGUAAACCUGCUCGCCUGUCUUGGUAUCUGAAAGCGUGAGUUUCAAAAUUGCAAGAAAACAGUGAAGAGCAGAAAAAGUCAUCAGAUGCAAAAGUCUUAUUUUUGGUUGGUAUUGUGCUUCCAUGUUCAGUAAAAUUAAAAGUUUUUCACUUGAGUUAUAA